AUGUCGACCAUCAAACCAGACCUCACAAUCACCUACAAGAGUCUCGGCUCUCUAGACCUCCCGAUGGACAUCUACCUGCCUAAAGAUGUCAAGAACGCGCCUGUCCUUCUGUGGUUCCACGGCGGCGGUCUUCUUCAAGGCCGCCGCGACCUCAUCUCCCCACACAUGCGCCGCAACGUGCAAACCCGCGGCUACAUCGCCAUCUCCGCAGACUACCGCCUCGCACCCCAAGUCCCCGUGAACGAAAUCUUCGAAGACGUCAAGGACUGCAUCCACUUCAUACGCAACGACCUCGCCUCGGUUUUAUCCAAGGAGAAAACGGAAUUCGAGGGCAUUAUCGACAGCACCCGCCUCGCCGUCUCCGGCAGCUCUGCAGGUGGAUAUCUCACCCUCCUCGCGGGGCUCUACAUCGACCCAAAGCCACAGGUCAUUGUCCCCAUCUACCCGAUAACAGACCCGCUGGGAACGUUCUUUACGAAUCCGCAGCCCGCGCCGAAAGGGCGGUACGCGGCCUCGAGGGACGAAAUGGCCGCGCAUCUUGACCGCAGUGCACCCGCGAUCGCAAGCAGCGGGAAAGUCCCCGAGGACCCGCGGAGCCAUAUGUACGUCUACAUGCUGCGGACUGCAUCACUAGCGGAGUUGUGGGGGAUCGGAGGGGAUGUUUCAGCUACAGAGCAAGAGCGAUGGAGGAUUCCGAGACAGAUAUAUGAGCAUGGCCUGCCCCCGGCUUAUAUCCUGCAUGGGGAUAAGGAUACGGCGGUGGGUGUAGAGCAGGCGGAUGAGGUUGCGGGCGUGAUGGUUGGGUUAGGGUUGAACGUGAAGUAUGAGCGGGUGCAUGGGGCGGAUCACUUUCUGGACAAUGGGGAAGGGUAUGAGAACGAGGCGCUGUAUGACUUUGUGAUGCGGUAUUUGUAG